UAAUAGUGAAUAAUGGGAUAAUCCAACGAUAUCGAUAUGGUUCCUAUACAAAGUUCUAUCUAACCGAGAGAUCCGAAACGCACCUGCCUUAAGACUUGAACCCGUUCCUGUAUUUUGAGUAUCUCAAUAACUACCUACACUGCAAUACCCUAACGACACUCAUGUUCUCUCCUAAAAAGCUGCCGGAUAAACAUUACAAAGCCGUUCAACCUCUCGCACGCCAAGAUCUCACGGAUGGCAUCAUCUGCGGCUACAAUACGUGAUCGAGGAUGCUCCACUGCGGUUAGUGUGCGCAUCGGAGCACGAGCCAGAGUGUAGCUCGUGGGCUGCAGUUUAAGACCGAGCUCCCGAUAGUUAACUAUCAUCGGUACCGUGAGCUUAGAAAGACAUGUUGAAUCGAAGAUACAGCAGACAUACAACAUGAAGAGCUUCUCAGGCCUCCUGACCUUUUGUUCGGGGCUGCUCGCGGUCCAGGACGUCCUUGCGUUCAGGCAUCCUGAGCAAGCGAACCAACAGCCAUUGAACCCAGCCUUGGACAAGGAAUCUCCCUUUGUUAAAGAGCGCCCAAACAUCGUCUUUAUCAUUAGCGACGACCAAGACCUGCAAUUGGAUUCGAUCGAGUACACGCCAUUGACCCUCAAGCAUCUCAAGGAACGGGGCACGUUCUAUAAAAAUCAUUUCGUGACCACGGCCCUGUGCUGUCCGUCUCGAGUUAGUUUAUGGACAGGAAGACAGGCUCAUAAUACCAACGUAACAGACGUUCAUCCACCAUAUGGCGGUUAUCCGAAAUUCGUCGCCCAAGGAUUCAAUUCCAAUUUCCUUCCGAUUUGGCUCCAGGAAGCUGGCUAUGAUACCUAUUACACCGGAAAGCUCUUCAAUGCACACACCAUCGAUAACUAUAACGCACCUCAUGUAGCUGGGUUCAACGGCUCGGACUUCCUGCUCGAUCCGUAUACUUAUAGCUAUCUAAACUCGACGUAUCAGCGAAACCAUGAUCCACCCGUUAGCUAUGAAGGUCGUCACACGGCUGAUGUGAUCGAGGAGAAAGCGCUCGGUUUCCUCGACGAUGCCAUAUCGGGAGACCGUCCUUUUUUCGUCGCCAUUGCACCGGUGACGCCUCAUUCCAAUAUUGAUCAGGAGGGAACGGUGAAAAUGACCGCUCCCAUUCCAGCGGAGCGGCAUAAGCAUCUGUUCAAGGAUGUGAAAGUUCCUCGGACAGAACAUUUUAACCCGGAUACGCCUAGCGGUGUGAACUGGAUCAGUCGUCUGCCAAAGCAAAAUCAGUCGAAUGUCGAUUACAAUGAUCAUUUUUAUCGACAGCGGCUACGUGCACUCCAGACAGUCGACGAACUAGUUGAUGGCGUCGUCAAGCGCUUGGAAGAAAGUGGCAAACUUGACAACACCUAUAUCAUCUAUACUUCUGACAACGGAUACCACAUCGGCCAGCACCGACUGCAGCCUGGAAAGGAGUGCGGUUUCGAAGAAGAUAUUCGCGUUCCGCUCUUUAUCCGCGGACCAGGAAUUCCGGAGAACCAUGUUGAAGAUGCUGUAACGACGCAUAUUGACUUGGCACCGACCUUGUUUGAGAUUGCGGGAAUCGAGCAAAGAGAUGAUUUUGAUGGGACGCCGAUCCCGCUCAGCAAAGAGUCCGUUGGUCUCCGCCAUGAGCAUGUCACUGUAGAAUAUUGGGGCCUUGCGAUCCCCGAGGGCGAAUAUAACGAUUUCGGGCCUGAUAACCCGGCUAUAAUCACCAACAACACGUAUAAAGCGCUUCGAAUUAUCGGAGACGAAUACGACCUGUACUACUCUGUCUGGUGUACCAACGAACACCAGCUCUAUGAUCUUAGAUCCGAUCCAUACGAACUCCACAACCUAUAUCCCACAGGCCGAAUUGAAGACGCAAGCCAACACAGUAUUCUCGGCUACCCUCUUUCCCAAGUGAUACCCCGUCUUGAUGCUCUUUUGUUAGUUCUCAAGUCCUGCAAAGGAUCUACCUGUGUCAAGCCAUGGAGUGUGCUCCAUCCAAAUGGGGAUGUUCAGAAUCUCCACGACGCGCUCAGCAGCAAGUACAACACCUUUUACCAUGAACAGGCGAAGGUGUCGUACAGUCGAUGCGAAGCUGGCUACAUCAUUGAUGCGGAGGGACCCCAGACUCCACUUGUAUAUAGAGAUGGCUUGAGCUGGCAUGAAUGGGUCUAGGCAAUAUCUCUAAAUAGUCUUAUCGACAGAAGGAACAUAAUUCUACUGCUUCUGGUUUCCCCAAAAGCUUUUUGAACCUAUGAAACUACUUUUCCUAGGGUUAUUGCGCACCCAAGG